GCGACGUACGGCAGGCAGGGCGGAAGAGCGAACAGCCGGGCUGCCGCUGCGGCCGCUGACCCCCGUGUCUUGUGUUCGGCCCACCAUGUCCGAGUGAUGGUCCUGCACAGGCUCUUCAACCUGCGACCAGACAAUGCCAGCCGCAACGAAAGAUUGACAAACAAUUACCACAAGUCGAGCGUGUCCGAUGGCCUGGGAGUGUGCGGGCAGGGCGAGCUGCAGCGCAACCAGGGUGGCCAGCUGCAGGGUCGAAGGUGGCCCUCUCAGCUCCUAUACCUUUACUCAGCAAUGAGUUCGGCAAUGGUCGCACCCUCUUUGCAGAGCGCAACCUCGUCAGACACCAAAGCGGCCAUCGCAGCAGCAGUCCGAGCGGCAUCCCACGCCGCCCUCCAGGAAAAACGAAUUCAAGCGAAAGCAGCUGGCCGGAGUGUCAGCGAGAGCAGCAGCGGCAGCGCGUCCAGCGUCAACAACAAUAACAACAACAACAACGACACGCUCAACCACAACAACAACGUCAACAGUCAGCAGCUAACCCCUUCCACCCCGGCAGACCCACCCUCGCAGGAAGAGCUGGCGCUGUUAGCCAAGCUUCAGGAGGCCAACAGGCUGAUCGAGACGGAUGCCAAGUCGCUCAACUCGCUCUCGGGCAACAGCACCCACUCGAGGAAGAGCUCGGACACGUCCCAGAUCUCGGUCACCUCGGGCGCGAGCUCGAGCCAGGAGCGGAAUGGCGACGAGGGCGAGGAAGACAGCUGGACGGUCUGGGGCCAGGUGGCCAACGACUGGGACAACUGCUGGAAGAAGAGGAACCAGUUUGUCCGGGAGCUGGUGCGAAAGGGCGUUCAGCACCACUUCCGAGGCAUCGUGUGGCCCCUGCUGUGCGGCGCGCACGACUCUCCGGUCAAGAAGCAAUACGCCGAGUACAUAAAAGCGACCUCCGCCUGCGAGAAGGUGAUCCGCAGGGACAUCGCCCGCACCUACCCUGAGCACGACUUCUUCAAGGAGAAGGACGGCCUCGGCCAAGAGAGUCUCUUCAAUGUGAUGAAAGCCUACUCGCUCUACGACCGAGAGGUCGGAUACUGCCAGGGCUCCGGAUUCAUCGUCGGACUCUUGCUCAUGCAGAUGCCGGAGGAGGAGGCGUUCGCGGUGUUAGUCAAGCUGAUGCAGGAGUACCGGAUGCGCGACAUGUACAAACCGACGAUGGCCGAGCUGGGCCUGUGCAUGUACCAGCUGGAGAACCUGGUGCAGGACCUGAUCCCGGAGCUGCACGGCCACUUCCAGUCGCAGAGCUUCCACACCAGCAUGUACGCCAGCUCGUGGUUCCUGACGCUGUUCACGACGGCGCUGUCGCUGCCCGUCGCCUGCAGGAUCAUGGAUGUGUUCCUCUCGGAGGGUAUGGAGGUCAUCUUCAAGGUCGCCCUCUCCCUCCUCACCAUAGCCAAGGACGAUUUGCUCAGCUUAGACAUGGAGGGCAUGCUCAAGUAUUUCCAAAAGGAGCUGCCCCCAAAGGCCGAGUCGGACGUCGAGGGACUGAUGCAGAUGGCCUACGGAGUCAAAUUAAAUCCGAAGCGAAUGAAAAAACUAGAGAAGGACUACCAGGUGAUCAAGGCGAAGGAGCAGGAAGAGACUGUUGAGCUAAGGAGACUGCGCACGGACAACAGGUGCCUGCGACAAAAAGUGGAGCUGCUGGAGGCCGAGUCGGCGGAGUUGGCCGACCGGCUGGUGCGCGGCCAGGUGUCCCGCGCCGAGGAAGAAGAGGAGAGCUUCGUCCUGCAGCGCGAACUGGCAGCUCUGCGCCACGCCCACCUCGAGACGCAGCACCGGCUCGAGAUGGCCCAGGAGCAGGUCAUCCACACGCACAUGCUUCUCGAGGAAACGCUGAUCGCGAAGCAGGACGCGUGCGAGGAGUCAAGGGCGGCCAAAGAGGGCCUGACCCACAAGGAGGACCUGGUCACCUGUCUGCAGGACGAGCUGCUCAAGGUGCGGCUGCGCGAGGCCGAAAACGAGGCUCUCAUCAGGGACCUCAGGGACCACAUUCUGGAGCUGGAAGAGGACAAGAAAACUCUUCGCGAGGCGACGCCAGACAACUCGGUGGCGCACCUGCAGGAGGAGUUGAUCGCUGUGAAGCUGCGCGAGGCCGAGGCGAACCUUUCCCUGAAGGAUUUGCGGCAGCGAAUCAGCGAACUGAGCGCCCAGUGGCAGCGUCACCUGCAGGAACACAAGCAGGACUCGUCGCCGGCGCCGGACAGCACGCCCAAGAAGCUGCUCUUCUGGGAAAACCGCGGCAGCGACAUGCAGAAGGUCGAGGAGGAGCUCAUGACCACGCGCAUCCGCGAGAUGGAGACGCUCGCUGAACUCAAGGAGCUCAGACUCAAGCUCAUGGAGCUCGAAACUCAGGUGCAAGUGAGCACGAACCAGCUGCGGCGGCAGGACGAGGAGAACAAGCGUCUGCGCGAGAGUCUGGAGCAGGCGGCGCAGCUAGAGCGCGAACACCACGCACGGAUGCGCGAGCAGCUGCACCGCUACGCCGACCUCGAGUCGCAGAUGAAGGAGCAGCAGAUGCUGGCCAGGAUCAGGGAGGCCGAAAACACGCAGAGUGUGGCCGAGCUCACGCAGAAAAUCUCACGACUGCAGAUGAAGAACGAGGAGAUGGUGGCUGAAGGUGAGUUGAGGAGCCACAGCCUAGAAGCAAGUGACCAGGUCAGGGCACUGCAGGACAGUGUAGCUGAACUCAAAGCAGAGGUCUUGAGGCUAGAGGGCAAGCGGUGGAGCGAGGGCGAAGAGGACGAAGCGAGCGGUUCGAAAAUGAACCUGACCUCGUCGUCGGAAAGUGAUGCCGAAGAGCAAUUGCGAUUAUCAAGUUCUGAUCUUCUAGCAUAGUGUGUCCGUUAUUCGGUUUCUCUUCUCUCUCUCUCUCUAAAUAUCUCUGUUUUCCCGGGCAGCAUUGAAAUUGUAAACUGCGCGCGUACGUGUAGCGUAAGAAUGUUAAAAGUAUUACCCCCCUGUGAUAGAUGACGAGUAAUUUUUGAUCAACACUCUGCGCGUACGAUUAGAAAGAUGAAAAAAAAAUUACGAUUAUAAUGAGAUGACGUGCGAUCUUUCCAAAUGGCACAAUUAAUUGUAUUCCAAUUAAAAGAGAAAAAAAUGAUUCACUUUUUAUACGACGAGCGCUCGCCCGCCCGUAUUGUGUGUAUUUUAUUGUUUGUUUGUUGCUCACUCCAUUAAUAUCGCAUUCUAUUUUAUUAUAAAUAUUAUUUACUAUUGUUUAAUCCAUGUUAUAUAUGUGAACGCAUUUUAAAUUUUAUCCUCGUGUCCCGCCACCCUGAGAUCUAAUUUAUUUGAACGCUCUGCUCCUUUGACAUUCCCGGCCGCCACUUGCACUUCCGAUGCAUUUUUCGAGACAUAUUCUUAUUAUUACAAUUAUAAUUAUAGCCCCCGCGUCAAUUGACUCCGAUGGUUGGAUCGAAGGUGCGUUAGCCGCACCGAAAUGAUAUUUUGAGUCGCGCGCAGACAUUCGGAACUUAAAAUAAUUAAUAAAUGAAUAAGUGUCAAAGUGCGGGCAAUUCGUCAUUGAAUUAUUGAGCUGCAUUUUCACUCUUGUGUGCUGAACAGUUGAUAAUUUAAACAACUACUGCUAUGUACUUAGCUGUGCAUAAAAAAAUU